GCGAUUCGCUGUCACUUUCACGGUAGAGUUGAGAGGUGGCGCAAGAUUGUUGCCUACGUUACUUUCUUUAUUCAAAAAAAUCGAAACAAAUAAGCCAAAAUAAAAGGAAAAGCAUCUGGCUCUCUCGCUUGCAGAAGUGGAAGGCCGCUCUGGAGACACUGGAAUUUUUUUUUAUCGCGUUAUUCUUGUGAAGGCGAUCAAAUAGCCGGAGUGGAGGAUUAGAGAAGGACACAGUGUGACCCGAUCUGAAGCGAGAGAAAACAGUGAGCACAGGAGAGAUGCGGGUGCACUAUCUUCUCGGGUUCUGUACGCUCUUCUUGCUCCAAGUUGAGUGCAGGCGCACUGAAAUCAUCACUGCAACCAGCAACAAUGGAAAUUCCGUAGACAACGACAAAUGGCUAAGCACCGUCUCCCAGUAUGACAAAGAUCGAUACUGGAACAAAUUCCGAGACGAUGAUUACUUCAGAAACUGGAACCCAGGGAAGCCAUUUGAUCAAGCUCUCGAUGCCACUAAGGAUCCUUGCCUGAAAGUGAAGUGCCCGCCGCACAAGGUGUGCGUAAGCCAUGACUACCUGACGGCAAUCUGCAUCAGCCACAAGCAGCUGGCACACAGCCUGAAGCCCAGACGAGCAAACCUGGCUGCCCGCAAACACUGGACAGGAGUUACCAGUCUGGCCAAAUGCAAGCCUUGCCCUGCGCUUCACUCCACAUCUGUGUGCGGCUCAGACGGGCACACAUACUCAUCUAAGUGCAAAAUGGAAUUCCAGGCUUGUUCAUCUGGGAAGAGCAUCUCUGUCAAGUGUGAUGGACCUUGCCCCUGUCUGCCUGGACAAGAAACGGUCAAGCCAAAGGCCAACAAGAACGCUUGCACUGACCAGGAUUUGAAGAACUUGGCUUCCAGGCUGAAAGACUGGUUCGGGGCACUUCAUCAGGAUGCCAAUCGAGAUUUAAAAGCCACUGUCUCCUCGGAUUCCACACAAGGCCGUUUUGACACCAGCAUUCUUCCCAUUUGUAAAGACUCCUUGGGCUGGAUGUUUAACAAGCUAGAUAUGAACUACGAUCUUCUGCUGGAUCAGACAGAGCUAAGCGCCAUCUACCUGGACAAAUACGAGCACUGCAUGAAGCCACUGUUCAACUCCUGUGACUCUUUCAAGGAUGGGAAGCUGUCCAACAACGAGUGGUGCUACUGCUUCCAGAAGCCAGAUGGUCUUCCAUGUCAAAAUGAAAUGAAUAGAAUUCAAAACCAGAGCAGACGGAAGACUCUAGUAGGUGUUUUUGUCCCACGCUGCAACGAUGAGGGUUACUACAAGCCGACGCAGUGCCAUGGCAGCACCGGGCAGUGCUGGUGUGUUGAUAAAUACGGCAAUGAGAUCGCAGGCUCCAGGAAGCAAGGGAAUCCGACAUGUGAUGAAGAUCAGGAGACCUCUGGAGAUUUUGGCAGUGGUGGUGCUGUGGUUCUCAUCGACGAUCAAGAAGAUGACCGAGAGCGGGCAGGAAAACAGAAAGAAAAGAAGGCCCGAAUUCGUCCACGAGGCGCCAUUGAGGACGACGAGGAUGAGGAAGACGAUAAAGAGGACGAGACUGGCUAUGUCUGGUAGUGGCCGGCUGCCAUUUCAGGGACUGUCAUUGACUGCACAGAUCUUAAGCCAUUCCACUCGUAACUUUUUUUCGCAAUGUAAAAUGAGCAAAAAAAAAAAAGAAAGAAAAAAAAAAAAAAAAAAAGAACAAAAAACAAACACAACCCCCUUUAAACUGUACCAACUCAACAGAACAAAAAUCUUUUUCUCUCCUCUACGCACACUUUCUCACGACUCUAACCGCGCUCUCUAACUCCUUUUGUUUGACUGACAGUUUCCCGUGGUGGCCUAAGAGUCCACUGGUGUGAGUUCUUUGUGAGAAAUUCCUGUUUCUCACUUUACUUCUACAGCCAACCGACAGGUGACGCCAGUAUCACAAUACUGCCAGAGUUCAAAAAGGUUACAGCCAAUCAGGUCUUUGAUGGCGCAGACGCUACUAAUGAGAGACUUGUGGACACAUCUUCUGUUGUGAACUGACCAAUGGCUUUCUUGCCUCUUUGACAUUUAGGCAUGGCUUUUUCAGUUGCAGGUUUUGUAUGACUAACAUUUUCGGGCCCAAGAACGGAAACCAGGAGGCGAUUAGUUUCGGGUGACUUGGACAAACUCGAUUAGCACUCGGCCACUACCAACAUGCUAGUAAGCGAGCACAAUUGUAGGUAGGGGACAUAACAGGAGAGCCAUUUACCCUCUGUUGUUAACAGCCAAAUCAACCGAUGCACCUCGAUUUUAGGUUUCAUUGUAAGUAACAUACCGGUCCAGGUCCAUAAUACAAUCUGCUAAUUCUUUUUCAAGUGGAGUCCUGGCACUGAGAUCCGCAAGCAAGUGUAAGAGGAAGAAUGGAGGCGGAACCGUCAAGAUCCCAAUUUACAAUUUCUCACUUAGCAGACAUUUGUAUCUGAACCGACUUACUAAAGAGGCCCUCUUGGCCACUAGGUGCACCUAAGGCUAUUAAGAACUCGCUCUCCUUAUGUCACGUGUCUGCUUUGAAAACAUGCCAUAUCGCCAGAGGGGCAGGAUGGGUUGACGGGAUGAGAUCACGGGAUAGUCUGCAGUCAGUUCCUUCAAGUGUGUAAUGAAACAGGCGCAGUAUGCCGAUCACAAUGAGCAUGUACAGUGUUUGCUACCGUGUGCAGUCGUGUGUCUUUUUGGUUCGUCGGACUUUGUAAACAUUUUCUGAAUGCGUCCCCAUGGCCUGAUCGUGCAUUGCGGAGACAUUAGAGGCAGCUCCCUGAAAAUGAAUACAAUUCCACAUUCAUAUUCUCGGGGAAAUGCACUUCUUUGACUAAUCCUCUCCAUUAAGGGGAGUUCUAUUUUAACGCGUUAGAUCUCACCCUUUGCCAUUUUGUUUCAUUGGCCGAGACGGGUCUAGCUGCAGACCUCUGGUGCGCUGCAAUUUGGGAGUUCUACCGAAUAGCCAAUCAGUUUGCAUGUUUUUGUGAGAUGAUUUCCACAGUGAAAAUUCUAAGAAGGGUCGGACUGUGGCUUGCAGCAUUGCAGCAUGGUGUAACUAACCUGCAACAAGAUGUGAUCACUACAAGACAAUGCCUACUUGAUAGUCAUCAUUACCAAUAACUCUCCCACAACCCUAAAUGUAACCCUAUGUUUUAUGAGAAUGAUGAGCAAAGUACACCUUGAAAUGGACGUGAGGAGAAAGAUGAACAUGACCGGGUGAAUCACGUAACAUUGAUUAGCUCCUCAAUGGAGCAGAUCUCUGGAGGUCUGCAGCUAGGUUUUGUUCAUUUCAGGAGCUCCAAUGACCAGUCAAUCAGAUUGCAUUUUUAUGUCUCAUGGUUCACACAACACAAACUCCAGGAAGGGUCUGGCUGUGGCCUGCAGCGCUAUACCAUAGUGUCACAAACGACACCCUCCCUGCAGCAAAACCUGAUCGCUACGAGACAAACCUACUUAAUAGUUGUCAUGACUCCUGAGGGAGAUAACUCUUCCAUAACCCUAAGCUUUUUUCUUAGCCACCACACCACCCAAUAUGGAAGAAAAUAAGCCACAAUGUUUUAACUGAACCAAAGGAGUUCUUUAAUAGCAUUAAUGCUAAUCCAGACCACUAGUGUAAAGUUCUGAAUGGUCAGUUAACACAGUGUACACCCUUUAUAGCUAACCCCCCCCUUUGCCAUUCCAUAAAUAAAUGUCAACCUGUGUAGUUCAUACGUACAAGAGUUAGGUCAUGUCUGGUGACCCUUAGUUAGCAGACAUUUAACAGCUAUAUUGCUUACAGGGACCAUUAAUUGUCUAAUCAGUAACGGCCUGGACUGUUAAGUUAUUCCUUUCAUAAGAACAAAAUUUUGCCUUCACGUAACUCUAAUGUUUGCCUGUGGAUAUAUUUUAUAACUAUCUUCUUCGUCGUCUUUCCGCUGCUCCCAUUAGGGGUCACCACAGCAGAUCACCUUGUUCCAGAUCUUCUUGUCCUCGUCAUCUUGUUCUGUUACACCCAUCACCUUCAUGUCCUCACUCACCACAUCCAUAAUCCAUAAACGUUCUAUUAGGUAUUCCUCCUUUCCUCUUACUUGGCAGCUCUAUCCUUAGCACCCUUUUCCUAAUAACUCCAAUGUCUUCCUGUGGAUAUAUUUUAUAAGUAUCUUCUUCAUCUUCUUUUGGCUGCUCCUGUUAGGGGUCGCCACAGCAGAUCAUCUUUUACCAUAUCUUUCUGUCCUCGUCAUCUUGUUCUGUUACACCCAUCACCUGCAUGUCCUCUCUCACCACAUCUGUAAACCUUCUCUUAGGCCUUCCUCUUCUCCUCUUGCCUAGUAGCUCUAUCCUUAGCGCCCUUUUCCCAAUAUACCCAGCACAUGUCCAAACCAACGCAAUCUCGCUGCUCUGACUUUAUCUCCACAAUAUAUAAUAUAUUAUGUAUUCAGGAUAUAUUUUCUAAGUAUAUUAUCCUUAAUAAGUACCUAUAAAGAUACAGAUUUGGCUAACACUUAAAGAAAAUAACUAGUAUGAAACUAUUUGACAUGCAUGAAAUUCAGUUUGUUACUUAUUGUUGAACAACAGCAUAUAUUUUCCUAGUGAAAGGAUUUAAAGUUAACAGAGCUGAAUACAAACCCUGAAGAGACCCCUACAAACUGAGCAUAUAUUCUUCCACAAUAUGAAGAGUGUAAGGUGGACCAUUAACGUUACUGGACAGAACAUUUCACCCUAUGGGAUGCUCAGGUCAAGAAGGUGCUUCCAUCAUUUUGAGGACUGGUUUGCACUUAACAUGUCCCCAGUGGUCACUGGGGCUCACUAACAAUACCAUUGUACGACACUGAGACACACCCCCAGAAUUUUUGGUGAUGCAAAUGUGGCACCGCAUUUCCAAAAUGGUGAAAUUUAUGGAGAGGCUGGUGGCAGAAGUGAGGCAAAUAGGCACCCGGAUGAUACCUGUCUGUCCGGAACUGCAAAGGUGCUCAGGUGAGAACAGAUUCAUGGAAGGAAAUUGUAAAUAGCACUAAAAAAAACAAAGCGGUAGGUAAGUAAACACAGAAAAAUGUAAGGGGCAAAUCCAUCAAAGAAGAAAAGUAAAAGAAGGGGCAAAUAUAGCGAGAAGGAUAUACCACCUAUUCUAAAAGAGCUGGGCAGGUUAUCUACUUCUAUUAAAGCCAGUCAUAACAGGCACAGCUCACAGCUGUCUCCUCAAGCUUAGCCAUCUGUUAUAUGACAUUGACCAAACACGGCCACCAUAAGUAUAACUGCAUUUUGGUCGCGGAGUGCGUGUUCACUUUUCAUCGCACUCUGCACACAAGGCUAAUGCACUAAGUGUAAAUUGAGUUUAACUCUCUAGUUGUCUGCCAGUUUCUUACUCCACUAUGGAGUCUGAAACUCCACUUUCACGCAGAGCCACUGAUGGGACCCUGUCACUUACGUGUUUACGGAAAAUACCAAAAACGCACCCUGAUAAAAAUUUACAGAAUGCAGGAGUAUCCAGCACUUGGCUUUUCCCACCUUAGCUCAUCCCAGGUUCCAUGUAGCCAUCGUUUCAUCCCAAAUUAAAAGACAGAAUUAGCUCUUUAAGCAGAAACCGUUAACAGAUGCCUGUCAUGGGGUUGUUUUCAUGAAUGUGCCCUGUGAUGGACUGGCACAGAAAACCCCACUUGAUAUCAUCAAUUCUAAAAAAUGUUUAGAGAAAGGAUAAUACAAAACAGCUUCAACUAAACAGAUCAGUGCAGAUUCUCCAAUUGAUUUUCAUCAUUUUUACCUCCUUGGUCGUGUCUUUUGUCUCCUUCUUCAUGGUCCAUGUCUCCCCAACUCACUCUUAGUUCACCUUUCUCUUGGUCAGGUUCUGCCGUCUGGAGCCAGAGAUCCUAACUAACGGAUGUGCUCUACCUGCUCACUCUGUUGAAGUUACUUUGGUAUUCCUCUCGUUGCCCAGCUUCACUCUUGAUCUUGAUAUCUGCUGAUCAUUUCACAUGAGGUCAGGUGCUUUGCCCUCCCAUUAGUCUUAUCCUAAAGCAUUAUUAGCAGUGGCCCAGUGUGACAUGUGUGCCCUGUGAGAAGUUGUGCCUGUUGCUGUAAGUCCAAGAUCGCUUACUGGAUCGCAUAUCCAAUAGGACCUUCAUGAACUUAUCCUUAUUUUUUUCAUCUCUUCUCACAUUACAAUAAUGAAUAAUCUCAGGUCGGGCAGGACAUGGAAGUGUAACUAAUUAUUGAAGCUGACAAGCUGCUGCAGAGCACUGAGCUCUGGCAUCACUCGGUGGCUCGCUUCCUGGCCUGAAGGAACAGCAGCCAAUUAGAAGUGAAUCAAAGGCUCUUCUCAACCUGCUCUUAUAAUAACUAAAGCUCGAUCCGCACUUAAUAGAUUUUUUUUUUCAUUUUCUCCCACAUCAAUUAACGGUGAUGGCAGUGGAGCUCGGACUACAUCGUAUAAACCAGGGGUGUCGAACUCUGGGCCUGGAGAACCACGGUGGCUGCAGGAUUUCAUUCUAACCCCUUUUCCUAAUCAGUGACCAGUUUUCAUUGCUAAUUCAUUUCUUUUCCCUUCAUUUUAAUAGCCCUGUUUUUAAGGAUUCUGUCCUCUGAAUUGAUUCUCGUCUUUAUUAAAAUGACAGCCAAACAGAAAUGACACAUGAAACAAGCCAACAGAUGACCGGCAAAACUGGAGCUUCAAAUUCCAACCAAUUUCGCUCUAACCAAUUUCUUAAUGAGAAGCCGAUUCUUGCUGUUAAUUAAAGCCCGUUAAUUCCAGGGUGUGUUGCCGCUCUCAUUCUGCCACAGCAGACAUUCCAAAAACAGUUGAUUUUCUGUUUUUUCUAAGAACACCAUUAAAUUGUUUGGGUGACUUGAAAGAUCAGCCUUACUGAGACCCUCACCUUUCUUUAUUUUCAGAUAUUGUGUGACGGGCACAUAUGAGCUGGUCAUGCGGUGGCUCAUUUUGUAUCACGUUAUUGUUUGCUGCUAAAUAAGGAAAAAGAAACAACUAAGAGGCCAGAGUCAAGUUAAUUAAAACAAAGGCAAAAGAAGUUAAUUAAGAUGAUGGUUAGAAUGAAAAUCUACAGCCGCUGUGGCCCUGGACUGGAGUUCGACCCCUCGGUAUAUACAAUAGUUUUAUCUACAUGUUAGGUGGGCUAUUGGUCUACGGUAUGUGUUUCAAGAUUUUGAUGGAGAGUAUACUGAACCACAAAGUCCCUGGGCAUUGAGUCAUAAACGUUAGCGUCCACUUGGUCUAAGGCAAGGGUCUGCAAAAUCAGUCCUGGUGGGCCAUGGUGGCUGCAGAUUUCUCCUUAACUAGAAACCAGUCCUGGACAAUAACUGAUCAUCUUUAGUUUUAUGGCUUCUUCUGCCAGAUCAGGUCGUUCUUAUAUCAUAGAUGUUUGUUUUUCUUUUUCAAGGAUAUGAUCCCAAUGAUUUGUAACCCGAAACAGAUGACUAAUUCUGAGUCAUUCAAAUAUUUUAUCAAACUUGAUAGCCCACGAUGAAUACAUACGGGUGUAGAUGGAAACAAUUUAGACGGACACCUGCUUGUUACUUUGUCAUUUGUAUUUUAUUGCUAACAGAAAUGGGGAAUGCAGCCGUUUCCGACUAAAAUAAGCAAACCAUGGUGGGUAAUCUUAACAAGCGAGACAAUUAAAAUAAAGCAUAAAAACGAUGCAUCAGCAAUAAGCGCAUCAACAGCAAUAAUUGACUUCUCAUUAAGACACUCAAGCUGCAGCCACUGUGGCGCUCCAGGACUGACACUGUCCAUCCCAAAAUAGAAAUCUUUAACGUAUAGCAGCCUGCCUGGCAGGAUAUGAAGAGACAAAGACCUGGUCUGUGUUACUCUCCUUUACAAAUCAUGAGCCCACUUGAAUUCAACAAAUCUACUCCCAUCUAAUAAUGAUGAUUUAUGAGCCCUGUUAGGGAAUCUAAAGGUUCUGUGUGGAAUGUUCAUGUAGAUGGUUCUUGUGGGAACCAAAAAUGGUUCCCCUAUGGAAGCACUCUGGGACCUUUACUUUUUAAGAGUGUAGGUAGUGAAUGGAUCAUUCUUUACACUGCAUGGACUUUGCAUGUUCUCCUUGUGUGCACAUGUUGGUUUUUCUUUGAGUACUCACAUCCCAUAGACAUGUCUGUUAGCUUCACUGGCAGCUUUGUCUCUACUGUAUAGGAGUGAGCCUGUGGCCAGGCCAAGACACGUCAUGAGGGGUGACAGUCCAUCCAGAUUUUUUAAAACUGAUUGAACAUUCCUGAUUAUCUAGAGGCCGGCUGGUUUUGAAUCCAACUUAGUUUUAUCCUCACUUUGGCCCUUCAUUAUUUCCAUCUUCCAUCUCCUCUGGUCCUUCUUAGGCAGUACAGCUUUCAUCUUGACCAAGAACUGUAUUAACUAUUUAGAUGGCUGGAUGGAUGGAAAAAGACCCUCCCAAAAAUAAAUCAAUAAAUAUGGUUUAAAAUUGGUAGAGUCAAAAGUACAUAGACAGAUCACACCUUCAGCUGUGUGUCUCCACCACAAACACCGCAUAGGGCAGCAGCUUACUUCCAUCUGGUUUUCAAGAUUGAGAGUCAAGAACAAUAGCCUGUAGUGGUGUAGUGGUAGUGCUGCUGCCUCACCACAAGGAGACUGGGGUUCAUAUUACAGGUGAUCCCUGCAUGGAGUUUCCAUGUUCUCCUCUCCCCUUGUAUGUGUGGGUUUUCUGCAGGAGCUCUGGUUUCUUCCCACAGUCCAAAAGACAUGCAGGAUAGGUGGAUUGGCAUUGCUAAAUUUUCCCUAAUGUGAGGUAUGUGUUCACCCUGUGAUGGACUGGCGCCCUGUCUGGAAGUCAUUCCAGCCUUUCACUUGAUGCUUUCUGGAAUGGCCUCCAAAUUCCCCACAACCCUAUUUAGAAUAAAGUGGGUUUAUGAAAUAGAUGGAUGGAUGGACGUACAAAAUGCAAUCCUAAUGUUCCCUUGAUGCUCAUGUUUCCAAGUGUACGGACACAAACAUGAUAUAUAAGUAGGAGAGCAGCAAAGUUGCUCAGUGGCUAGCUCUGCUACUUCCUGGAUCCAUCAUCUCAGGUUCAUCCAAGUCCUUUUUGUACCUAAUGAAUGUUCUUCCCACAUCCCCCGGACUUGUGGCUUAGGUGAAGUGGUGACACUAAGUUGGCCACGUUGUCAGUGCCUGAGUGGAAAUCUGCGUGUGCAGGUCCAGUGGUUGAUUGAUGACUUCUCCAGAGCUGGACCCUGCCGUUUUUCCAGUACUGACCCCCCCCCAAACCCCCCAAGAGUGACGCUGGAAUGGAUUGAGUAGGUUUGACUAUAAUCAUCUGCACAGUUCUUUACUUAAUGUAGCACUCUGCGAGUCAUCACAGGUAAAGUAGCUAAUCACACGGGAUGACAUUUUGUAACAAAACUUCUAAAGUGCUUUUCUUUUCAAUGUAAAUAUCUGCAGCACAACAGCAAAGAGAACUUCUCCGUCUUCCCAUGCCGCGCUGUAAAUUACACCCAUCCGUCAUGUGUGGAGUCUCGGGAGACGGCGCCGUGAAUAAAGACCCUUUAAGUGCUUUUAGAAACUAAAGAGCUGCGGGGGUCCUUCAGGUUUCAAGCAGCCUUUGCACAGUAGAGGGCAGUGACAACACCUAGGGACCCCUCCCAAGUGUCACAUCAGUCACCUAAACCUCCAGUCAUAAAGCAACGGACAUCAGUUGAGUCCUCACCCUUUUCAUUUAACAAACGUACAUUUGAGAUUAGGGCACCUCUAUAGUCUGCAAUGCACGGUAGCAUCGGUGGCCAUCUUUGCCGAUUUCUCAUUUGUUGACUUUAUUAUUUUUACUUUGUAAACAGAAAAAAAAAAAAAAAACCUAUCUAAAGCCAUCUGUGGCUCUCUGGCUGCGUUUACUUGCAUCAAGGGGAUUUUAUUUAAUAGUCUUCAGUGUAGCUCGAUCUCUAGACCUUUAGACUUAAACUGUAUCGUGAGCUUUGAAUGUUUUUUUUCUCGAGUUAAAACCGGAAUGUUGAUGUUUUCAGAUGACUUUCUAAUUUGAAUGUAUCUGUCCCAUUUUGUCUGUCCUAAUAAAUUUGAGUCUGUCCACUA